AUGGAGCGAGCUAGCAAGGAGCGAGCUAGCAAGGAGCGUGCUAGCAAGGAGCGAGCUAGCAAGGAGCGAGCUAGCAAGGAGCGAGCUAGCAAGGAGCGGGAGCGAGCUGACAAGGAGCGAGCUGACAAGGAGCGAGCUAGCAAGGAGCGGGCUAGCAAGGAGCGAGCUAGCAAGGAGCGAUCUAGCAUGGAGCGAGCUGACAAGAAGCGGGCUAGCAAGGAGCGGGCUAGCAAGGAGCGAGCUGACAAGGAGCGAGCUGACAAGGAGCGAGCUAGCAAGGAGCGGCGAGCUGACAAGGAGCGAGCUGACAAGGAGCGAGCUAGCAAGGAGCGAGCUAGCAAGGAGCGGGCUAGCAAGAAGCGGGCUAGCAAGGGGCGGGCUAGCAAGGAGCGGGCUAGCAAGAAGCGGGCUAGCAAGGAGCGAGCUGACAAGGAGCGAGCUAGCAAGGAGCGGGCUAGCAAGGAGCGAGCUAGCAAGGAGCGAUCUAGCAUGGAGCGGGCUAGCAAGAAGCGGGCUAGCAAGGAGCGAGCUGACAAGGAGCGAGCUGACAAGGAGCGAGCUAGCAAGGAGCGAGCUAGCAAGGAGCGAUCUAGCAUGGAGCGAGCUGACAAGAAGCGGGCUAGCAAGGAGCGGGAGCGGGCUAGCAAGGAGCGAGCUAGCAAGGAGCGAUCUAGCAUGGAGCGAGCUGACAAGAAGCGGGCUAGCAAGGAGCGGGCUAGCAAGGAGCGAGCUGACAAGGAGCGAGCUAGCAAGAAGCGAGCUAGCAAGGAGCGAGCUAGCCAGGAGCGAGCUAGCAAGGAGCGAGCUAGCAAGGAGCGAGCUAGCAAGGAGCGGGAGCGGGCUAGCAUGGAGCGAGCUAGCAAGGAGCGAGCUGACAAGGAGCGAGCUGACAAGGAGCGAGCUAGCAAGGAGCGGGCUAGCAAGGAGCGAGCUAGCAAGGAGCGAUCUAGCAUGGAGCGAGCUGACAAGAAGCGGGCUAGCAAGGAGCGGGCUAGCAAGGAGCGAGCUGACAAGGAGCGAGCUAGCAAGAAGCGAGCUAGCAAGGAGCGAGCUAGCCAGGAGCGAGCUAGCAAGGAGCGAGCUAGCAAGGAGCGAUCUAGCAUGGAGCGAGCUAGCAAGGAGCGGGUUAGCAAGGAGCGAGCUAGCAAGGAGCGAUCUAGCAUGGAGCGAGCUAGCAAGGAGCGGGUUAGCAAGGAGCGAGCUAGCAAGGAGCGAUCUAGCAUGGAGCGAGCUAGCAAGGAGCGGGUUAGCAAGGAGCGAGCUAGCAAGGAGCGCCUGCGGAACGGGGAAUAG